CGUAGUGAUUUAGUUAUGUCUCUAUGGACGCGCCGCCAAGUCGCGUGUGUUUGACAUCGUACCGUAAAAAGUAAAAGGGACGCCGGAGGGAGUGCUGCGAAAGGGUUCAGUCGCGCUCCUUAUCUCGCACUGUCGAUUGUGCUUUCGCCGCUUCGAUACCGUCCUGUUUCGAGAUAUUAUGAUUAGUUCACGAGUGAGCGCAGAAUCCAGCCCCGCCGACGAGCAGCAGCAGAUCAGUGCAAAUUCAGCAGAAAGACUUCGCCCGGACCUAUCGAUCGACAGCAGCUGUAUCGACUGUCCGAUACUCGACGAGAUUUCUUGCCGAACGCACAGGCUCGAUAUCUGACUUCUUUAACCAAGGCUGCUUCACCUACACGCGCCGACAUCGUAGAAUGGUAGAAGGUGAACCCAAAACAAAGCGCAAUUAUAAGUGUGAUGUAAAAGACGAGCGGCUAAACGGUUGCGGUUCCAAGGACCUCGAACUCGCCCGUAUCGGAUUAAAGGGCAAGACUCUUGAUCCAGAGAAAGGAUUGUACGACAAAGCCGACUUCGAGAAAGCGAUCGAGCUUAGCGAAUAUGGCAAGUUCCAUUACUUCCUGCUCGCGGUGUGCGGUUUCGUCAGCACCAGCGAGGAGAUGGACGUAAUUUCCAUGUCCUUCAUCCUGCCGAGUGCGCAAUGUGACCUGAAGCUCAACACCCAGGCGAAGGGAUGGCUCAACUCGAUCAUCUUCAUCGGGAUGAUGGCGGGCGCGUACGCUUGGGGAUCUGUGGCAGACGCGGUCGGUCGUCGGAAGGUCCUGAUCGCCAUCUCCUUCAUGAACGCCCUGUGUAUCGUCGCCUCUAGUUUCAGCCAGACCUACGAGCUUUUCAUGUUCUUCCGUUUUCUCAACGGCGCGGCGCUAGGAGGUAGCGGACCGGUCAUCUGGUCGUAUUUCGCUGAAUUCCAGCCGAAGUCCAAACGCGGCUCCAUGCUGUCCUUCAUGGCGGCGUUCUGGACCCUGGGAAACCUCUUUGUCGCCGGCUUGGCAUGGUUGAUCAUCCCUAACGAGAUGGGUGUCACGAGCUCGUCGUUCACCUACAACUCCUGGCGAAUCUUCCUGCUGAUCUGCGCGGUCCCGUCCUUCGUCGUGACCGGGCUGCUCUUGCUUCUACCAGAAUCUCCCAAGUAUCUCUUGUCCUCCGGCAAAUACGAGGAGGCGCUCGAGAUCUUUCGCAAGAUAUACGUCUACAACACCGGCAAACCGGGCGACACUUACACGGUGAAAGAACUGAUUAUCGAUGACUUUCAAGAGUCGAGCCCGACCAAGGUCGACGUCGAGGAGAAGAACAAAUGUAAGGCCAUGCUGGGCGACAUUGUGGAGAACAGCCGGCAGCUAUUCGUGUCGCCGAUUCUCCGCUUUACGAUCAUCUCGAUCGUCAUCAAUUUCACCUUCCACAUCGGUUACUACGGCUUGAUGAUGUGGUUCCCGGAACUGUUCAAUCGUUUCGACGAGUACCAUCGCGACCAGCCGGGCGUGGUGGCCUCGAUAUGCCAGGUCACCGAUUACGUCGUUAACAAGGGCUCGCAUAGCAUCGAAAACGUUUGCUCCGACAAGAUCGGCGCCUCCGUUUUCAUGGAGUCCCUUAUCACAGUGGCGUCCGCCAUACCCGCCAAUAUUAUCGCUGUCUUAGGGAUGGAUCGCCUCGGGCGUAAAUUUUUCCUAGUGUUCAGCACGUUCUCAUCGGGACUGUGUUCGGUCGGCUUAUACUUUGUGUACAACAAGUAUCAUAAUCUGAUCGUAUCGGCGGUCUUCAGCGGUGCGAUAAGCUGCGGCAAUGCGGCGCUCGAUUGUCUCAUCACUGAGGUUUUUCCAACACAACUGCGCGCAACAGGGAUCGCCAUAUCGAUGGUGGCCGCUCGUCUCGGCGGGAUAAUCGGUAAUAUCGUAAUAGCGCAGCUUUUGGACAUGUACUGUCCGGCACCGACUUUCAUAGUGGCUGCCCUCCUGAUUGGCGGAGGCUUGCUAUGUUUAUUUUUACCGAACACAACGCGCGAGCCACUUUCCUGACCUUAGCGGAAGUCGAUCGACAGUCUACGAUCGUAUCUACACAUUUUUGUCGAGUACAAGCGUCGAAUUUUCUAGACCAAUCCCGAGUAUCAACACGAUAUUACUAAAUGAAUUUCGAAGACGAGAGGAUAUUCGCGUCGUGCAAAGUAGAAUAUUAGAAUCUCCGCUCAAUAUAUAUUCGUAAUAAUUCCUACCGGAGAGAUACAUAUUCCGAGAGCGGGAUUUUCUCGCAUGAAAAUUUAGUCGAGCGACGAGGAGACCAGAAGAAUUUAGCGCUUAAUUGUUAUCGCAUAAUUUCCGAAUUAUUUGAUACGGAGUGCCGCAAUUAAAUGCCUUAGUUGAAUUUUAUACAUGUACCGAUAUUGAUUUACAGAAUUUAGACACAGCAGUGAGGUCGUGAUUAAUCGCUAUGUUCAAUAAAUAAGUAUUCAAUAAACAAAAGUUCAAUAA